AUGUGGGGCAAGUGUGCGCUGUCGAUAACGUCAGAUAUUUUUCUCGCUCAAGAAUUAUUAAAUCAUUGUGGUACAAGUUAUGACAUCACAUCAUUAUUCGGCAUAAUAUUUGCUGCGGUAUCAGGACACAUAAAAAUUCUAUUUCUACAUAUUUAUAACGAUAAUAUUAAAUUUAUCGUUACAAAUUUUAUAAAUGAUUGGAGUGUUAUUGAAGAUGAAAAAUCAAGAAAAAUAAUGCAUCGAUACUCGUCAUUGAAUAGAAUAUUGUUUUUUUGUAUAUUGACAUCAAUGUUUUGUUAUACAUUGAAAUUAACAAUUGAAGGAUUGCCACAGAAGAUUAUAAAAGAUAAUAUUACGGUUAUCGAACGUUUACUUCCAUUAAGUGCUAAGUGUUGGGAUUUUUCUAAUACACCAAUUGUCAUUUACGCUUUUCAAUUCGCGUGUCGUAUUUUUGAAUUUAUUAUUUACAAUAUAACUAGUUGUGGGAUAGAUUUAUACUUUUUUAUACUGACAAUGCAUAUUUGUGGGCAAAUGGAAAUAACUAACUCAAAUCUUAAAAAUUUCAAAACUAUUUCCAAUGGUGUAUUUGACAAAAAAAAAUUUUAUGGGAUUAUAGUUCGACAAAAGUAUUUAUUUGAUUUGAUAAAUUUAUUGCGCGAAUCGUUUAAUUAUACUAUAUUAACAGUACUAUUGAUAAGUGGAAUCCAUUUAAAUAUUAUAAUUAUUAUGAUUUUCAUAGCACUAAAAAAUAACGAUAUUAAUUCAGUGAUUCGAGACGCCGCUGGAACAAUAUUUUAUUUCUUUUCUCAAAUAUUUAUCUAUUGCUAUGCUGGUGAAAAAUUAUCGUCAGUUAUUCAAAAUUCGUGUUUCUCAGUUUACAGUUGUUAUUGGUACAAUUUUUCAAUAAAAACUCGUAAAGAUAUAAAAUACAUUAUGCUAAGAAAUAGUCAAGAAUUUCAUUUAACAGCUGGAAAAUUUUAUCAUAUGAAUUUAGAAAAUUUCACUAGUAUUGUUAAAACAUUGGUAUCAUUUUUCUCAGUAAUGAGAUUAGUUAUUUUUGAAUAA